AUGUUGCGCCGCUUCCGAUUCGGUCGACUUGGAUCGCUCCCCAUCCAGCCACACGCCGCCCUCUCGCGCCUCUUUCAGCUACGAAAUGCUCCGCUCACAUCCCUGCGCGCCCUUCCGCGGGAACCCCCGCGCGCAUGUCCCUCUGAUGCGCCUCCGCGCCACUUCACGGUGGUGGCGGGGCGGCGGAACCACGGGGGAGGCGCGAUGAAGCAGCGCCCCAAGGAUUGGCGCCCGCAGUCCACCCCUUUCCACGCGCGCAACCGCAGCCCCCGGCGGAACGACCGCACCGUUCCGCUGGGCCCACGGGGCGGAAACGGGGGCGAUGGCGGAGACGGUUCCGCGGAGAGCGCAGGGCGGAUGCAGCGCGAUGUGGCGGAUCUGGGCGCGGAUUGGCGGCUGGGGCCGGGGGAAGCAGUGGGAAGAGUUAUGUCCGCUCAGGCUAACUUCGUACGCGUGAUUGUAACGAGAUACGGUGUGGAAGGCGAGAGAGAGGGCAUCGAGGCGGGGGAGGAGAGACGCCACGAGGCGCAGCGGAGCAGCAAGUGGGGGAGCAGAGGUGGGCAACGGGAGACUCCAAGAGGCACAGCGGAGCAGCAAGUGGGGGAGCAGAGGCAGCAGGCGGAGGGCGCGGAGGGGAGAGAGGGGAAAGAGGGUAUGGAGAGAAGGGAGGGAAGGGAGGAGGAGAGGGAGGGGGUUGAGUUGCUGUGUGUGGUGCGAGCACUACUUAAGAAACUCAGGAGGAGGGUUCUAGUGGGGGACGUUGUAAGGCUAGGUGGGAUUGAUUGGGCUGCCCGCCAGGCUGUCGUUCAAGACGUUGCCCUGCCCCGGGCAUCUGAAAUUUUGGACCCGCCCGUGGCGAACGCAGACCACCUGCUGCUGCUCUUCUCGCUUGCCCAGCCGCCGCCCGAGCCGUCGAACGUGAGCCGGUUUCUGGUGGCUGCGGAGGCGACAGGUGUCGCCGUGUCAUUGGUGUUCAACAAGGCGGAUCUUGUGGAUGAGCAGUGCAGGAGAGCUGCAGCGGGCGGCAGCGUGGGUUUACUAGAUGUUCAGAUGACUUUAGAAGGUGACUCUACAAGCUAUCUCUCCCUCGCUAUCCCCCCUUCGUCUCGCCCUCAAACCCUCCUAGUUACCCCUCCCUCCUCUGUUCCCUCUCUCCCUGCCUCCCCUCCCUUCUAUCAGGCUGUGCGGGAGUGGCAGAAGCGGGCAGCAGAGUGGGGUUACCUGAUGCUCACAUGCAGUGUGGAGCGGCGAAUCGGAAUCCGCCACCUGGCGGGUCCGGGAGGCCUCCUGGCGGGUCGCACUACGGUGAUUGCGGGGCCGAGUGGAGUUGGCAAAUCCAGCCUUAUAAACGCUGUUUUGGGAGAGGCGUAUAACAGGGAUGCUUAUAAAGGGGAGGUUUGUGAUGCAGAUGGUUUGAAGGAGGGAGGGGAGGGAGAAGGUGGAGAGGCUAAAUUUGAGGAGUUGAGGGUUGGGGAGAUUCGUUCCCGCCUAGCUGCCUCCCCCACCCCCUGCGCAUUCGCCGACUGCCGCCACAUUAGCGAGCCCGGGUGUGCGGUGGAUAGCGGUUGGGAGCGGUACCGGCACUACGUGAUGCUGAUGGACGAGAUCAGAGCGCGGGAAGCAGCUGAAAUCCGGGCCGUUGGUACCAAGAGGGAGGGUGAUGUGAGGUUGAAGAGUAGGGGGUAUGGGGUGGUGGUGGCAGAACCGAGACUAGAAGCAAAGAAGCACCGAAGGGAAUCGAGGAAGAAAGGGAAGCAGCUGCUGCUGCAACAACUGGCUGUGGAGGACGAGGAGGAUGAGGAGGAGGAAAGAGUGGGGUUUGCAGGGGGGUAUGAGGGGAGUGAGGGGAGGCGGUGA